GGUCUGACUGAUGGACGUCGGUCGAUCACCCGGAUACUAUCGAUACUUCCCAACCAGCUGACCAAGUUCUCUCAGAUUCACGAUUUGUAAUCUUUCUGACCAUCUGGCUGAAAUCUUGUGAUUUUCCCGAAGAGCAUUGACUUUGUCUGACAUCUCCUACGCCCGCCAGUCUAUCGGCCUCCUCCAAUGACUGGUCGUUCGUGAGCGAGGCAUCAACCUAGACGAAUUCACUUGUGAUUCUACGCCGUGGAAUAGAAAUUGUGUGUAGUGAGCGAACUCUGGACAAACUCCGCAAUGUGUGCCCCAGUCUAAGGAUAAAUUCAACGCUUGGUGUAGUGUGGAUAUAUCUAGUUUUUGCUCAUCUGUGGAUUUCUGUUUUGUGCUUGGUUUCAUCGUAGAUGUUCAAGUCGACAUACGACAACAUGUUGACUCCGAACCCGAAUCAGUACUUGAGGCCCGACUAUCUGUCUCCCUUGCCCACAACGUUGGAUGCGAAGAAGAGCCCUCUGGCGCUUCUGGCACAGACCUGUAGCAACAUCGGCAUGGACAGUCCCAACAAUAAACCGAUGCUUGCCGUCGACAAGUCGAAAAAGUCAUCGAACGAUAACCACAGCAACACUAGCAUUUCGAAGAAAACGGAUGCUUUCUCAAGUUUCGUAGGGUCGUCGAGUUCGUCGAGCUCGUCGCUCGACGACAACAAGCCAGCGUUCAAGCCUUACGAUCUCAAGAAAAGCUCAACUUCACCGCGAUCCGACGCGUCAACGAAUAAUGACGACAAGCGAAGCAGUCCCCUGAGUCAGAAGUCACCGCGGACGUCUCCGGCCGUCUCCGAGAAGAGUGACAAAGGCAAAUCCACCCCUAGCAAAGGCGACACGCCAAUAUCGAUCUCGUCGUCCACCAGCACAAGUGGUUCUACAGUCACGUCGGCAAGCACGACGCUCACGGGUCUGGGUUACCCAGGUCUCGUCGACCUUUCGAGGGAUCAUACCAAAGACAGUUUAGCUGCGUUGACCCUGGCGUAUAAGGGCUUGAAUCCGCUCGGAGCCGCGUCUCACCUUUCGGGUCAUAUGCCUCCGCUCGACUUCAAGGGACUACCUUAUCCGGGCUUGUCACCGUACGCAGGCUACGCGAGAGUGAAAACGCCGUCCGGUGGAACCAGUCUCGUUCCGGUAUGCCGCGACCCGUUCUGCACCAGCUGUCAGCUCUCGAUGCAAUCCGCUCAACUGGCCCCGUGUCCUUCUGGAUGUAGUCAGUGCACCCAUGAACGCGUGGUACCUCCCGCCAUUCCGAUGCUCCCCGGUCUUCAUGGAUCGACGGGGCUUUUCCCUACGCCUCUCGGUGCAAGACCGAACGUCUGCAGUUGGAUGGUCGGCGAUUCGUAUUGUGGUAAACGCUUCAACUCGUCCGAGGAGUUAUUGUCCCACUUGCGAACGCACACAACCCUGCCCGGUGACUUGCCCCCACCAUUGCUCAGUCCACCAACUCUACCAUUCAGCGCGGCGACAACCCCCCCAUUGCCGCCUCCACCCCCCACGACGGUGUCUUCGGCCGCCGCUGCGGCUUCAUUGAGACGUAGCUACCCCUCGCCGUCGAUUAGUCCGAUAAGCUCGUCCAGAUAUCAUCCGUACAGUAAAAGCUCAACGAUGACUUCGACGGCAACCACCACGACAAUGACAUCGACGCCACCAAGCAUUCCGGGUUUUCCAGGAUCGCCAUUCGGAGCACUGCCACCCCACCCGAGCGCCCUUUCAAUGUUCUACAAUCCCUACGCCGCCCUCUACGGACAACGUCUCGGACCUCCAGUUCACCCGUGAGCGAGGGGGUCGAGCUCGACGCCUACGCUGCUAUGAUUUGUUGGUGAUCGCAUCGGGGACGCUCGUACGACAGCGAUCGCCGGGGCCGUGGUCGAGAUUACGAGUUGCGACCAUCGGAUGAACGAUGAUGGUCAUUGAGCUCUCCGGAAGGAGGACCCGAGCGAACCCCUGAGCAACGACGCUCCCUCCACGUCACCAGCGCUAAAACCAAAGCAUGUGAUGAUUUCAAACGCUAAAAACGCCUAAUUUAGUCAGACAGGUGUCCUCUCUACGAGGCGGAGAU